UAACCAAUGAGAUAGCGCGUAAUCCGUGAGGUAGUGUGACGUCACUGGCAGGUAUACAGGUGACGCGUGGACGUUAGCGUACCAGUAGAAGAGCGGAGAUAAAAGUUUUCGGCGGUAUUGUCAUUUGUGAUUGUUUUGUGGAUACGUUAAGUGUUGUUGUAUGUGGCAAGUAGUGUGCGACGUAUGUACGACGUCGGAGUGACACGCUAGGUCUGACAAUUAGGCCUAACCUGAAUUAGAAACUCCUGUGUUACGCGUGUGAUGUCAUCUACCAUGUCGGUAGCUUUCAACUCGUCAAAUUUAAAAUUUUGGAGGCAGAGAUCUGUUACCAUAACAGAAUACGAUCCGACUUUUAAAGUGAUCUACUUAGGCAACGUGUUAACGCAAUGGGCGAAGGGAGAAGGAUGUACCGACAAGCCUUUAGCUACUCUAUGGAAAAACUACUGUUCCAAUUCUAGGCACAAUAUUGCCAUGAAACUGACCGUUUGUAAUUCGGGACUGAAAGCGCUGACUAAAGAGCACGGGCUGACCGAAUAUUGGUCGAAUCGCAUUACUUAUUGUGUGGCUCCCGCACAAUAUCCUCGGGUUGUGUGUUGGAUAUACAGGCACGAAGGAAGAAAAAUGAAGCAAGAAUUAAGGUGUCACGCCGCGUUAUGUUCUAAAGAAGACAAGGCAAGAUGCAUGGCGCUGCAGCUCAACCAGAAAUUGAGUUCGGCACUCCAAGAAUUCAGGCGCGAAAAGCUAAGUAAACAAAAGGCCAGAUUAUCCUUGGCUAACUAUUGUCACGACGCGCCUAAUUUACCUAGAAGAAAAAUUUUAUUAAGUACGGGUAGCGUUAAUUUCCGUCCUCCUCUAGAAAGAUCUAAAAGUGCUCCGAAAUUGACUUCGAUCGAAGAGAUCGAGGAAUUGGAAGACGAAGACGAUCUACUCAGUGGCUCUGUUAUAUCGGAAGUGGAAUCUUCGUCGGACAUCGUCCCGGACGACGUCGACUCUCUAUCAGACCAUUAUUACGUCACAACGGGUCGCGAGAGCGAUUCCGAUUCGGCCGAAGACAUUCCACAUCCCAGAAGACUAAAGAAACUGAACUCUAUCGACGAAAAUCUAUACGAAGACAACAUUUCCGACGAGUCCGGAUACUCGGAAGAAAAAGACUUUGUUUGUAGGAUGUAACGGUCUGUAUAUAGCUUAUCCUCUAUGUAAUGUCCUACUGUAUUUUAGUUAAUUACCUCACCGAAAUGCCCGAGUAGAUAGUUUCGAAAUGACGUUAGGAGAGACGAUUCCAUUUUUUUUUUCGAGAAAUUCGAUGAGGGUGCAACUCUCCUAACGUCGGCCAGUUUUAGAGUUGCUCACUCCUCCAAUAUGUUGCACCGAACUAACCAAAGACUUUUUAAUCAAUAAAACUUGUACAUAAUACUGUAAUUUAAAGUAGCUGUGUUGUGUCUUUAGAACCAUCAACCUGUUUUAUAAACUCCCCGCGGCAGAUCCUGGACUAGUCUUUGCCUUCUUGUUUAGAGGCUCGUUUUAACACGCUUUGUUGUGCUGUAACGGUUUUAAAGAUGGCGCUCGAUUUGCUCACACAAAAGCACUCCAAAUAUUCGUUUCGAAAAUAUCAGAUUAACUUCCAACCUUAUGCCUAUUCUGUGAUAAAUAAUUUCAAAGAGUUAAGUAUUUAUUGUUAGCGAAAAAACCAAUAAUAUUUUUGAAAUAGGA